AUAAAUACAUGCAGAUUAAGCCUAGAAAGAGUCUGGUUUCUCCCCUUGGCAGCUGCACAGAUCUUGACAUGUUUCAGAGCCUGAUUUUCACAGUGCUAUGUGGCGUCACAUUGACCUCUACAAUGUCACAUCUGGACCAGCACUGGGAGCUGUGGAAGAGGACUCAUAACAAGCUGUACGCUCAUCAGGUUGAAGAGUUGGGUCGCAGACGGUUAUGGGAACAGAAUCUGGAAAUGAUAAAUGUCCAUAACUUGGAGACUUCCCUUGGCUUGCACACCUAUGAGCUGGGAAUGAACCACCUGGGGGACCUGACCACUGAGGAGAUCACGUCAUCUCUCGUAGGAACUGUUGUACCAUCAGAGCUGGAGCGGGUUCCUUAUGGAUUCCUCAAGGUCAACAAGUCUCUGCCAGCUUCACUGGAUUGGAGAGAUAGCGGGCUGGUGACAUCAGUAAAAUCACAGGGUGCUUGUGGUUCUAGCUGGGCAUUUAGUUCAGUUGGUACCCUGGAGGGGCAACUAAAGAAGACUACAGGCAUCUUGAUGUCCCUCAGUCCUCAGAAUCUUGUGGACUGUUCUUCAAAAUAUGGCAACUAUGGCUGCAGAGGUGGAUUCAUGACAAAUGCCUUCCAGUAUGUCAUCAACAACCAAGGCAUUAGCUCUGAUGCUGCGUAUCCCUACAUUGGUAGACGAGGUCAGUGCAAGUAUGACCCAACGUAUCGGGCAGCUAACUGCUCAGGGUAUCGCUUCAUGCCAAAAGGUGAUGAGUUUGCCUUGAAGGUGGCCCUGGCAAACAUCGGCCCCAUUGCUGUUGCUAUUGAUGCUUCAAGGCCAAAAUUUCUCUUCUACAGUCAUGGCGUCUACAAAGACCAUUCAUGCUCUCACAAUGUAAACCAUGGAGUCCUGGCUGUAGGAUAUGGCACUGAAAAUGGAGAGGACUAUUGGCUAAUCAAAAACAGUUGGGGUACAACCUAUGGCGACGAAGGAUACAUCAAAAUGGCUCGUAACAGAAACAACCAGUGUGGAGUUGCCCUCUAUGCAUGUUUUCCCAUUAUGUGACCAAUAAACUUUAUGAAUAUUUUUUGAGUUGGCAA